AUGCUUACCCACCGGGCAGUAUCUGCUGGAGCCAGGGGCCAGAGAGUCUGCAUCGAGCUACUCUUGUCAUCCAUGGUGGUAGGACAGAGUGGGAUGUCAUCCUCAGGUAUCCCGGAGUCGUCAGGAAUCUCGAAUAAUGAGCCGGACUUUGGCCGGGCAUUAAACGCGGGUCAACCCGGCACUGUUCCUGCCGGUGGCGCGGCAGCCUUCGCGCCUCCGAGCGUGCGGGGUCUCGCGUCUCGACCUGCGCCCCAGUCUGCGUACCACCCCGUGUCUCAGCCUAUGCCUAUGGCUCAGCCUAUGCCUGUGGCUCAGCCUUUGCCUAUGGCUCAGCCGAUGGCUAUGGGUCAGCCGAUGGCUAUGGGUCAGCCGAUGGCUAUGGUUCAACCCAUGCCUGCGGCGCAACCGAUGUUUGAGGUGCAGCCGGCGCCGCCCACGGUGGACCCGAAGGAGUGGGUGGCAGAGUUCCCCAUGCCUGAGUCUUGGAAGCUGGCGGUGGACUAUAACAAGUCCUUAAUGCCGGCGCCGGUAAACCUGAUGGAGUUGGUUAACUUAUAUGCAGUGGUGGCGGCUAAUUUGGGCAAGACAUUUGUCGAUUUGUUGGGCAGUGUGCAGCCGGGUCAGGUGAUUAGUGAGGCCACUUUGGAGAACGCGCGAAGGCUGGCCUUGGCUCAGGAAUCAGUCGCGUCGCCAUUACUGGUAACCAACCCGAUGUUUGCAGCGGGUAGCGGUGGAUUUGGUAUGAGCGGUGGAUUUGGUAUGGGCGGUGGAUUUGGUAUGGGCGGUGGAUUUGGUAUGGGCGGUGGAAUGGACGCUAUCGUCGAACCAGAAGAGGACCUAGAGGAUGUAGAUGAGGGCAUUGGAAAUCUCGUAGCAGCCGCACCAGGCAUCGAUCCUGCAGCUCUUAAGGCACUCCAAGAAAAGAAUUCCAAAGCGCUCGAAGAGAAAGAAAAGCUUGCAGCCAACAAUGAGAACUUGUCUGAAAUGAAUACCAAAUUACGUACAGAAAAUGAAGAGCUCAAACAGAAGAUACAGCAACUGCAGAAACAAGCUGAACAAGACGGAUCUGGUUCAGCUUCAGCUUCUGCCUCUGCCUCUGCCUCUGCUUCAGCAUCUGCCUCUGCAUCUGCUUCUGCAUCUGCCUCCGCUUCGGCUUCAUUCUCCGUCUAG